CCCUCGCUCCGAUCCGAUCCACCGCGCCCGCGAUGCCGCCGCCGCCGGAGCUGAUGGAGGAGCUCAUCGAGGAGAUCCUCCUCCGCUUCCCACCGUCCGAUCCCGCGAGCCUCGUCCGCGCCGCGCUCGUCAGCACGUCGUGGUGCCGCAUCGUCUCCGGCGCCGCCUUCCGCCGCCGAUUCCGCGCGUUCCACCGCACGGCGCCGCUGCUAGGCUUCCUCUGUGACUCCAGGGUGAAGAUGGACGGUUUCCGCUGGGACGGCGUCCUCGUCCCCACCUCCUCCGCCUUCCGCCCGCGCGAGCCUUUCGCCUGGUGGCAGCCGUUGGACGCCCGCCACGGCCGCGUCCUCUUCCACGACUGCUCCUCGUCGUCCUACCGCCCCCACGUCUGGAACCCCAUCACCGACGCCUGUAUCACGCUGCCCGAGAUGCCGAAUGAUGAUCGGGACGACAUCUCACUCCGCUGGACAUCACGCUGGACAUCCGCGGUGCUAUGCGCUGCUGCCGCCACCGGAGAGUGCGACCACCUCGACUGCCACGACGGGCCCUUCACCGUGGUCAUCGUGGGUUCCGACGAGGAUUAGGAGGUGAUGUUCUCCUACGUCUACUCAUCGGAGUCUGGCCGGUGGAGCGAGCCCACCUACGCCGAUUGCCGUAAUUAUUCUAUCAGUUGGGACCACAGUGUGCUAAUGGGGAAUGCGCUCUAUUUCAAGUUUGACACAAACAACUGCGGGAUCCUCAGGUAUGAUUUGGGAACACGGGAAAUGACUAUGAUGGAUCUGCAUCUGCCUCGUUACGAGGACUAUGAUGCAUCCUCAGUACCUAGUAUUCAGCUCAUGACAACGGAGGGUGGUCGACGGCUGGGAUUCAUAAGAUUGGAGGACACACGGCUUUGCCUAUGGUCAAGGGAUGAUGAAGCUGAUGUGGGAUGGGCACCGAACAGAGUCAUUGAGCUCGAGAAGCUUCUCCCCUUUGAUGUUUCGUUGGCCUACGAUACUUUUUUGCUUGGCUUUGCAGAAGGGGUUGGUGUCAUUUUCAUGCGCGUUGGGGAUGGGGUCUUCACUGUUGAUCUAAAAAGUAGCAAGGUGAUGAAGGUAUACGAGGGCUCCAUCAACUCCGUUGUUCCGUACAUGAGCUUCCGUACUCCAGCAUUGCGGUCAGCCUCUACAGAUGCGAGACCAUAAUCGUCGGAUGCGUCCGAGUGCACCCUUCUAAGCUAAGGGGAAAUAAUUGAUUGGUAGUGAGCAUUAUAUAGCAUGUACUUUUUGGCAGGACAGUACUUUAGCAUGCAUUCUCUAGGACUAGUUUUGAAUUUAAUUUGUCGACCUCAAGGGUUUUGCGGAUUGCAUAAGAUAUUUCAUAUGUCUCUGAAACACUUUUCAGUUGAUGAUUGGUGUCGAGUAUCAUGGUCAUCUGUAAACUAGUAAUAAUAGGCCCUGCAUGAUCCUAAUCCAUAUUCAAUCCAGAGCUUUAGACUGCA